GCCAGGGCUGUGUUUCAUUUCUGCCCGCAGUUUGAAACUGUCAAGGGGCUGCUAGGUUAGCAGGUGUUUGCUGUGGUUGCAGCGGCGUCGCUGGGGGUGCGGCGAGUGAGGAGUCGGGGUUUGGCGGAGACGGUGGGUGCCGGCGGCGGGGUUCGGCCGCUUCCGCUCAGACAGGACCGGGGGCGUCAUCUCUGGAGGUGCAAGGAAGAGAGGACUCGAGCGACGCGAACUGAGCAAUGCGCGUACCAUCCCAGCAGUUGGCUGGACCCAUGGAUGUGGAACCCAGGGACACUGAAGGCUGACUGUCCUGCACGCCCAGCAUUACUCAGUGCUUCCACGGCGACCGCCCGCCAGUGCCCCUGCCACUAAACUCCUGGCCCAUCUUCCAAGUGUCACCGUCCUGCAGUCCUCGCUUUGCAUCUGUGCAGAAUGUCGUCUGACGAGGACAAAUACUCACUUCGUGUUGCUCACAACAACUCCGAUCAUGACAGUUCGGUCUCCACAGAUCUCCAGGAGGAGUAUGAGGAAUUGCUGCGUUAUGCUAUUGUGAAUCCAAAUGUUGAAUCUGGUGCUUCACAGCCGUCUCAUCCAAAGGGAGAAGUGGUACCAGAUAGAUUUCCUGUGCCAGCCGGGUCAUCACCAGUCUCGUCACCCAGGAAGCCCUCUCACCCAGUCAUGGAUUUCUUCAGUUCACAUCUUCUAGAUGACUCUUCCUCGCCAGCCUCUACUUCUACUCAUAGAGAUGCCCAUGAAAUAAUUGUGGGUGAUCGCCUUGUUUCUGAUGAAAAUCUUCAGAAGGUGGAGAAUAUACUUGACCUCUGGAGUUCAGGUCUGAAGACAAAUGUUCUAUCUGAACUAAGUAAGUGGAGACUUAAUUUUAUCGACUGGCACCGUAUGGAGAUGAAAAAGGAGAAGGAAAAGCAUGCGGCGCUUAUGAAACAGCUGUCGAACCAGAUCGCUGACUUGAAGGAGCUGCAGAAAGCCUUUGAAGUUUCCCUCGGAAGGAAGGAUGAGGUGAUUUCCAGCUUGUCUCGUGCCAUCGGCAAGCAAAAGGAAAGGACAGAGUUGAUGAAAACCUUCUUCCACUGGCGGAUCAGCCAUGUCAAGUCAAGACAGGAUGUCUAUGAAGAUAAAUUGGCUGACCAGUACUUCCAGAGAACUUUGCUGAAGAAAGUCUGGAAGGGCUGGCGUUCCGUGGUUCAGAGGCAGUGGAAAGAGGUGGUGGAACGGGCAUGCCAAGCGAGGGCUGAAGAAGUCUGUGUGCAGAUCUCCAAUGAUUAUGAAGCCAAACUUGCUAUGUUAUCUGGAGCCUUGGAGAAUGCAAAAGCUGAGAUUCAAAGAAUGCAGCAAGAAAAAGAGCACUUUGAAGACUCCAUGAAGAAAGCAUUCAUGAGGGGGGUGUGCGCAUUGAACCUUGAAGCCAUGACCAUAUUUCAGAACAAAAGCGAUGCAGGGGUAGACUUCACGAACAAUCAAAGGGAGGAGAGUGGUCCCGCUGGUCCAGGAAGAGAGCUCUCUGCUCAUUUGGAUACAUCUUCAUCUACAAUACCUUCAUCAGCUCCGCCGCAGCUGCUGCCUUCCGCGACAGCAGCAGCAGGAGUCAGCGCCACUGCCAUUCCCUCUGCAGCUUCCAUGACCUCUGCUGGAGCCUCAUCUGCCUCUUCUGCUCAUGUUCCUGUCUCUGUUCUUGGUGCAGGAUCCGCAGCUACAACUGCCCCAGAAGAAACGUACAUACCAAGAGUUGUGACCUCAGCACAGCAGAAAGCCGGGAAGACGAUUACCGCGCGGAUCACGGGUCGGUGUGAUUUUGCUUCCAAAACUAGAGUCAGCAGCAGUUUGGCCAUCAUGGGAGUUUCUCCUCCCAUGAGCUCAGUCGUUGUGGAGAAGCACCAUCCAGUCACAGUGCAAACCAUUCCUCAGGCAGCCGCUGCCAAGUACCCACGGACCAUCCAUCCUGAAGGUGGCAGCGUCCCAACCUCUAGGUCUCUCGGAGCCAGGCCAGCCCACACCCAAUCUCUCUCCAACGUUCAGUCCAUAAAAGUGGUUGACUAGAGUGGCUGUGUUCACACUCGGGUCUCUUCAUUCCUCUGAGGACUUAACUGGGAGCAAAAGUUGUUUAUUUUGACUUUUCUGUACUGUUUAGAACAUCAUGGACACAUCAUGUUCAUCUUUUCAGAAUUAUAAGAUACUUUCCCAUCCUUUGUAACUAUAUGUAGCGAUUAUUUUAAUGUUGUUAUUUUUAUUUAAACAAUUAAGUAUAACUUUUUAAUAAAAAAAAA